AUGGGCUUACCGCAAAUGGAAGGUGCCAGCCUCGAAAGCCUCAUCCCGUCCUACAUGUUAGAAGAUGCUGGGUUGUUUAGUGAAGAGGCUGCAGGUCAGGCAGAACAUUGUGCGAAUUUUCUGCUACCUGAAGCAUUGCUCGCGCCGGGCAUCUUGCACAUAGUGCACAACAUGAUGAAAGACACUGAUUCUAAUCUUUCCUUUUGGAAGACUUGGAUCCCAGGGUUGAAAGCCAUAGCGAAGCUAUUGCAUGAAGACCAUCUCAGACAGAGGCUGGUGGCCACUUGCAUUAAAGGAACACCUUUCGAAUGGUUGGAAGAGCACUUCCAAAAGGGGGUCCCGCAGCCUAUUGAGUGGCGGUGGGGCACAGUGACAGCAAUCGUUGAACAUGUGCUAUCGGUUCGAAGUGCCAUCCAAGCGAUUUGGAAUCCUGCUGUUUUUGGCAAGGGUGAAAGUGAGGAGCGAGAGAGAACAGAGGGUGCAGAUGCAUUGAACGUGGAUACCAUCACAGAAGCAGUCAGGCUGAGGCAAGCAGGCAUCGAUUUGGGAGUGGAAGCCUCGGACAUCGUUGAAGUUCUGGAAGCUGACCACAGCAUUGUGCACAGGUCUGUCCAAUACAAGGGUGUUCGGGGGCCUUACGUGUCUUGUGCUUUGCGGCUGCCAGAGAUCCGUGCUUUGAUGCAGCAUGAGGACCAAUACAAGAGCUUCCUGGCUCGUUUCGCAGAGGUAGAAGACAUGAACGAGUUGGCCAAACGUUUCGGUUUCUACAAACAUGAGCGUUGGCAAGUUGCCUGCCACGAGAAACACCACAAGAAGCGGAAAAUAAUUCUUGCUGCAGCAAUCCUGUAUUCUAUGGAUGUGGAGACUCAGUUCAGCCAAAUGCAGGCAGCCAGGAAAGCCCGGGAAAAGCGAGCCCGUGAAAGGCAAGCCGUUGAAAAAAAAUGGUAUGAGCAAUUUGAUAAGAAGAAAACGUUUUCUUUGCAAACAGUCGAAGAGCUUGCAGUGUCGGACCAUGUGCAAUCAGAGUUGAAAGUGGGGCGUUUGUACAGCUUGCCCACUGGUGCUGCUGCGUUGCGUGCUUUGUCUUGCAAGCUGGAGCCCAUGCACGUGCAGGCAUCCGGAGCAGGAGGAGGUGUUGCAUUAGAAUCUAGAAAAGAGCCUUUUCGGGAGAGACGAGAGGAGGCUCUUUUGCUAGUCCCUGACAUCGAGGUAGUCCCAACGGUUUCGCAUUUGGUUCCCCAACAGCAGAAUUCAAAUCUCGAGGAGGCAGAGCAGGCAGAGGCAGAGUGCCCGAGUGACCAUGGCAUGAUUUUUUGGCGGUUGACGUGCUCCAAUCCAAGCAGGCACAAAUUGGUAAGGCUGCCAGUGGCGGGGGCCCGCAAGCUUGCUCAGGGUGACAUGUGUGUGACAUUGCAUAGGUCGAUCAGAGGGCAAGGCAGCUGUUAUGUUGAGGUUGAGGCUGCCAGCAGUGAAGGCAUCAGCAUGCCCGUUGCAGUGUUCUCCAUGUUGCAAGCAGACAUGUCGCUGUUGCGAGAGGGUAUGUUAUCUUGGUCGACGGUGAAAGAGCCGUCCUUCGUUUUGUCGGGGUGCGAGAGUAUCAUGUCCAAUGCCAUGAUGCAGGUUUUGAGCCGUAUGGUAGUGGCAGGAGCCUUCCCGCGAACCGGGGAUCAGCCCGCCGGGCACUAUGUCGUGACAUCAAGCGAUGUCGAAGCAUUGGGGUGUUUGGAAAUGUUGUCAAAGGCGGGCAUGGUGCAGCUAGUUGGGGUGGUCGAGGGCGAACGGCGCUAUGCUUUCACAGACCUCGGCACGAGGUUGUUUGGCACUAGCUUGGCCGAGAUUCACCAUGGUAUGUCUGUGAAGUACUAUGAGCGAAUUCUAGAUGGCACCUCAGAUGGCAGGGUUGCACAGCUCAGCAUUGAAGAUUCUGAGCCGGUCCUGAAGUUGCUGUCUGAUGUUGCCGAAGACCCGGUGCCUCUUCCAGAUUCAGCAUCGAGGCCUGCAAAUGUACGUAGGCCACGGCAGGCAUCAGUCGCCGAAGCGCCAGCAGCCCCCAUCGCCCCCAUCCCCGUCGCAGAGGAUGUUCAGGAACUGUUAGACAUGUUUGAAGAAGCUUCCGAAGAGGCCCAUAGCAGUGAUACUGAGAACCGAGGGUUUGUGUUGGAAUCGCCAAGCAAUAGUGAAAACGACCUGUUUGCAGAGCCCCUUGCUUCGUCGUUCAGCAGAUCUCCUCAGCUUGAGGCCGGGCUCUGCGAUGACAUUUCAGGUGGUGCGGCUGGUGUCGGUGACAUUGAACUAGGUAGUUCAGCUGAUGCGGGCAGUGCUGCUGAUUGUGCGGGUAGUGCCGCUGAUGGUGCGGGUAGUGCCGCUGGUAGUGCUCUUCCUGGUGGUGACCCGAGCAAUGAUGCCAGAGGUCACUCUGCAGCAGAGGCAGAGUCGGCCAUGGAUGUGGAUGCUGAGGCCGAGGCCGAGGCUGCUGACAGGAUCAAAUUCGAGCAGCUCUUCAAGCAGCUCGUCGAGCUCUGGGUCAGGAUGAGCUGGGGCCGAGAUUCAUGGCGGUGGAAGCAGGACCCUGGCUGGGAGGAUCAGUCGUGGAAGCGAGACCGAGAUGAUCGCCGAUGGUCUGAGUCUGGGUCACAAGUUCGUGGCAGUGCCUCUAGCCAACCUGGUUGGCGAGACUGGAGCAGCUGGCACGACCGGGGUGCCAGGCCAAGCAAGCCAGAGCAGCCAGUUUAUGGUGGAGGCAGGGGCAGCGGCAGUGGCGGUGGCAAGAAAUGGCCCAACAAAGACCGCUAUGAAAGGCGGAGUGCAAAAGCAAAGGCCUUGCGCUCGGCACGUGGGGCGGCGAAGCGAGCUCUUUUGAUGGACCAGCCGCGGCUUGCUGAUCGGCUUCGAGAUGAGAGCAGCGAGAGCAGCGAGGACAGUGCGGCUGCAGAGCCAGAGCCCGAGUCAUGUGAAGACCAGUGGCCCAAGGACCCAAGGUUGAAGAUUCGGGCCAUUGCGGUUAGCCCCGCCAAAGCAGAGAUGGCCAAUGCGGUUAGCCCCGCCGAAGCAGAGAUGGCUAAUGCGGUUAGCCCCUUCGAUGCAGACAUGGCCAAUGCGGUUAGCCCCUUUGAUGCAGAGAUGGCCAGUGCGGGUAGCCUCGCCAAGACAGAGGCUUUUCCGUGCGUCGUGCCCAUGAGUGCUAUUCGCCAGUCUGCUGAGAUUUGUUCUGCUUUUUUGGCAGCGGAGGCCAUUUUGGGGUGGUUGCAGGUUGCCACAGAGCUGGUUCGGAGGUGGUUCGGAGGUGGUUCGGAGGUGGCUCGGAGGUUAGUUAAGUUCGGACAGCUUUUGUGGGAUGCACUGAAUCCCAUUGAAUCAGUGCUUUGGGCUAUCCAGGAGUUGGAGAGUUUGCGGGAUCAAGGCCAGAAAUUUUUCUCCGUGGAUUUUGCUGCGCUAGCCAGUGAUCGCAUGCUGCAGGGUAUUGUGCUGACAACAGAUUAUUCUGGGAUGGGGUGUCCUGAGGAGGCCUUGCAGCAGUUGCUGAAAGCUGUGCUUGUUUGCACUGACAGGAAGGGUCCCGAAGUGCCCGACACAUCGGCUUGCUACUCUUUGCGUGCAGGCGACAUGAACAAACAUUGUCGAUGCAUAUUGAUGAAACAUGUUGGCACGUUUCGUCCGUUGUGUGUUCAUGGAGAUAUCAUGGACAGAUGUGGCAAGAAGCUGCGAGAACGAAUGGAGCACACUAGAACCACAGCUCUGGGGGUGGUGCAGAAGCAAAUCGACGAUGGCAAGAGCAAGAACUCAGCUUCUGUGGUAGAGGCAGGUAGAGCUACUGUACGCAAGAUCGCGAAGUUCAUGCUGGGUGCCACGGCACGCAAAACCCUACCACGUCAUGCGCAUUGCUAUGUUCACGAUGACAUGUGCCCUGUGACUCCAGGCGCAGGAACGUGCAAAGGUUUGCGUGUUCAUGUGGCGGGUGUCAGCUGCUACGACUGGAGCAAAAUGGGCAGUGCACACGGGUGGUUGGGGCAAGGAAUGCCCAUCUUUAUGCAAUGGGCACGUGAAAGGAUGGUGUCGUUGGAAGACCUGAUCAUUGUAGAAUGCGUACCACAAUUCGAUUCAGAGAUGAUGGGAGAACUGUUUGAAAACCACUACAACCUGGAUGUUCUACAGUUUGGUCCUACACUGUUCGGGGAACCAGUAGAGCGGCCUCGAAAGUACAUGAUCCUUACCAGGAAAGACAAGCUUCAAUGGCGUGCGCAGAUCGAGGACUUUGGGGUACAAGAUGCAUUCUUUCGAAUCUUCGCCAGGACAGUAUGCAUGGAGGGGCAGUGCAAAUUCCGGGCCCCCGAUGACUACAUAGAAUCGCAGCUGCAAGAUUUGGCACGGGCCCAGAGCUUGCCGCCAAGGAGUCGAAGUGGGAAGCAAUGGAGCUUUUACCAAGUAGCCUCUCAAGCUGUACGUAGCAGCAUUGAUGACCAUGAGGCUGCGGUUGCUAGGCGCAUCGGGUCGGAUGCUGUCCAGACUUCGUGGAUUGCUAACCUGCGUCAGAGCAGCACCUUUAUGCCAGCAAUGCAAUUCACCGUCCCGGCCUUGCUUCGCACUUCCAGGCUUUGGCUUUGCGGGAAGAGGCGAAAUGCCUUGCCGUUGGAGUUGCUGGAAGUCCAGGGUUGGAACAUUUGGGGAUCUGGAGGCAUCAGCAGAGACACAGAAGUGGAGAGCGAGGGGAUGGAGCCAUCCUUGCCAGAUGAGUUGCGUUGUGGCUUUGUGCAGCAUCUACACGAUCUUUCCUCAACUCAGAUUUUCAGCAUGGCCGGGAACUCGAUGCACCUCCGAGCCAUUGGGGCUACUUUGCUGUUUUGCUUCGGAUGCACUGAGCCAGAAGCGGAGGAGGGGCCUUCUGAAGAGGCCAAGGCGGCUUCGGAAGAGGCCAAACCCUCCAGGCGCAAGAGCGGUGGCGGCGAUGGGAAGGGUGUGAACUCGUGGAAGAAGUGCAACAUGUGCAACACAUACAAGGAGGGCCUGAAAGAUGAUGUUGAAACCAUGGAGCGGGAUGCUCCACAAGAGCACAAAGCCCUUUUCAAGGCCUUUGUGAAGGCCCGCGACAAGGCCAAAAAGAACGCCGAAAAGAUACGCUUCAGCAUCCAAAGCUUCCGAUUGACUUACCGUUCCUCAAGUGGUGUUCGAGGAGCACAGGAAGGAGAGAUGAUGUGGGAACAAGAAUGGUAUGAAGAGGCUCGCAGAGCCAAGCAUGGCUAUUUGACCCGGGAGGAAGCGGAAACUAAGUGGAAGGCUUGGCUGGCAGAUCCGAAGCAUCCGAAAGAUAGCAAAGGCCCGCGUGGAUACACGCGACUGUGGAUCAAGACAGCCGACAAGCUGCCCUGGUACGACGACAUCAGCAAGGACAAGGAGUUGUCAAAGGAAGAGAAGCUGGGCAAGAAUGCGAAAGAAUCUGUUCUUGCUGCUCGCAUGCAAAUGUUGACUGGUGACAAAGGCCUGGAAAAGCAUGAGCUCGACUUCCAGAAUGUCCAGGACAAAGCAGCUUCAGCUAUGGCCGGGAGCGCUGGUGGUAAGGAUUCAUGCUUCGCAGGUGACGGCCUUCUGGGCCCGGAUGUGGAGGACAUCCUUGGCCAAGUUCGGGCGAAGCGAAAGAG